AUGAUGAUGAAACUUCGACGACGACGACCACUGUCUGUAUAUAAUGCAAGUCCUGUUUCCAAUAGUUCCAGUUCGGCGGCGGAUCAACCAUCACGUAAACGGCACCGAAAAUCAUCCCAUCGGUCUUCGUCGGAUCCAGACGAGAACGAAAAUGACUUGGAAAAUCAGUCGCCACUUUUAACUUCUGAUGAAUCGGACGAUGAUGAUCGUAGUAGUGGAAUUAAAACUCGAUCAAUUGCGGCUGCCAAGAGAACAAUUCCUCAAAUAAGCGAAGAUGAAGAUGAUGAGAAUAAUGAAAGCGAAGAAUCAGGAUCGGAAAUUGAAGCAACACCAGUCAUAAAACAAACGAAAACGAGGAUGGUCACACGACAAAUGUCGUUGAUUAUAAAUCAGCAAGUGAAACUCAAACCGAAUGUUAAAGUUCAGCCAUUCGUCGAUCAUACUGAAGAUACGUUAAGCGAACAUGGAGAAAAUCAGUCAUGUCGACGUCUUCGUUCAAGACGUUUAAAUCAGAACAACGCACAUUCCGGUGACAGCGGCGCACAAUUUUUCAUUCGCAUCACUCCUGUUGAUGAUGAUGAUACGUCUCAACCGGCAGCUUUUUCUUCGAUUAAAAAGGAAAGUCUUUUUUACUACACAACACCUGAACGUCCAGAUGAUGCUGACAUCGACUAUGAACAACUAGUCAAUCGGACGCGAAUCAAACCAGCAACAAUGGAUCAAUGUAAUCAAGGACAAUUGCUACCUGAGGAGAAUCUCGACGAGGGCAAUAAUACACGACCAACGGAAUUGAUACCGUAUCUGCUUGAACUCGAACAAAGUCUAAUGCCUGUUUUGCCUAUCAUAAAACAAAAGAAGAAAUCGGCCAAAGCGAAUCAAGUGAUUUAUCAGCGUCGUUUUCAAACCCUACUUGAUUAUUUAUAUAGUUCUCAACGCUGUGGGCAAAUCUCGGAGUUGAUACGUCUUCAUCUUCGCUCGAGACUUGUUCUCAACACACUUUUUCUAACUGUGAAUCUAUUCGAUCGUGCUAUUCUAACUGGUCAGAUACCCAAGGAGUCGUAUACCAAUGGUAAUCCUCAUUUAUUAUUGACCUGUUUACUGAUCGCAGGAAAAUUUGAAGAAGUUGAAUGGCCAAGCAUUAGUUCUCUGAUUGCAAAUCGUGAACCAUUAACUGCACGUGAUAUCAAAUCCUUAGAAAUUGUUGUACUUCAAUCAUUAUCCUUCGACAUUGGUCUAACUGUCUUAGAUUUUGUGUAUCGCUACUGUGAAAUCUCACCCAUGGACAAAGCCAACGAUGAUCUUCGUCUUUUAUUUUUUAUUUUACAACUUUUAUUAAUCGAUCCUCAUACUUUCAUUGCACAUAAAUCUUCAUACAUAGCUGCUUGCUCAUAUGCACUCGUACGGCAUUUAAAACAGUAUGAAGUAACAUGGCCUCGUCGUUUAGCUCGAUCGACGGGUUACGAUCCAGACGAAAUAGCCUAUGGCGUGACGAAAGUUGCUGCACAAUGUUUACGUGCUCUAUCAUCUCAUGAUCAACAGGAACCAAUCCAUCGCGAUUUACUCCAUAAAUACAACAAAGGUCCAGCUGCACAAUUGAUAAACUAUACUCAAGCAUUGAAUGACUUGAUUCAACCAGCAGUCGACGAAACUGAUUAA